UGAGUGAUGGCUGUGUGUGUGUGCAGUUUGCCUAAAAAAGCACUAAAAAAUCUCCUCAUGGAGACAACCUCUUUGCCCUUUUCUGCAAGACCUCAUUUCUAUAGCUUUCUGGCUCUUGUUCUCUUAUAUGUUGUUUCUUCUCCUUGUUCUGCUAGUCUCUUUUUCAACUUUUAUGGAGCUUCAUGCCCAGCUGCUGAACUUAUUGUUUCAAACAAAGUGAGAUCAGCUUCCUCUUCUGACCCUACUAUACCAGGGAAGCUAGUUCGUUUGGUUUUCCAUGACUGCUUUGUAGAGGGUUGUGAUGCAUCUGUGCUGCUGCAAGGAAAUGGGACGGAGAGAAGCGAUCCAGGGAACAGGUCUCUAGGAGGGUUUCAAGUUAUUGAUUCAGCUAAAAGAAAUCUUGAAAUCUUCUGUCCAGGAACUGUUUCUUGUGCUGAUGUUGUUGCUUUAGCUGCUAGAGAUGCUGUUGCAAUUAGUGGUGGACCUCAGCUUCAGAUUCCAACUGGUAGGAGGGAUGGGAGGGUAUCUGCAGCUGCAAAUGUGAGACCUAAUAUCAUAGACACAACUUUUACAAUGAAUGAGAUGAUUAACAUCUUCACAUCUAAAGGAUUAUCCCUUGAAGACCUUGUUGUGCUAUCAGGAGCUCACACUAUAGGAUCAGCUCAUUGCAGCGCGUUCAGAGAUAGGUUCCAAGAGAACUCCAAGGGGAAGCUGACACUCAUCGACUCAUCUCUCGACAAGAAUUAUGCGAAUGAGCUAACGCAAAGAUGUCCAGUGGAUGCAAGCGAUUCAAUAACAGUUGUUAAUGAUCCUGAAACAUCCUCAUCAUUUGAUAACCAGUACUACAGAAACCUUGUAGCCCACAAAGGCCUUUUCCAAUCAGAUUCUGUUCUUUUAGAUGACAACAGGACAAGGAAUCUAGUAGAAGAUUUAGCAAAUGAUCAAGGAAGGUUUUUUGAGAGUUGGGGCCGGUCAUUUCUUAAGCUAACCAGCAUUGGAGUAAAAACAGGUGAGGAAGGGGAAAUUCGACAAUCUUGUUCAAUGACGAAUGGAUGAAGAAGGAGGAUUUUGCUGGCAAGCUUCAUGCCAGCCCUCUCAUUGUUAUGGUGGAAUCUACAUGUCAAGGAUGGAUCAAAGUACAUAUGCAUAACAUAUUUUAAUUUACUUCUUUUUUUAAAAAAAUAUUUUCAUUCAA